UUGUAUAUAUAAUAUGUAAUUCUUACUGUAGGUAGAGCAAGAAUGAGUUAGGUACAGUUCGUUUCGUGAUGUUAGGUCAAUGAAAAUAAUUAGGAGCUGUAUUCUUUUACUCUUUAGUAUACUUGAAAGAAAUCAGAAAGAAGUAUGUGGCUAGAAGAAUGUGAUAGUUUUGCUGAACUAUGUCGAGGAUAUUUGCCUUAUUAUUUACUGAUAAUUUUGCCGAUUUUUAUUAUUAUUUCUCCGGUUAACCCAGUUGCCGCAUCUCACGAAUUCCCCGUGUAUCGUAUGCACCAGUAUGACUUGCACGGUGUGCCACAUGGUUGCCGUAGUGCGCCGAUUUCGUUGGAAGCAAGAUCCCUCACAGGAUGGAGUACUUCUAGACACUGUGUAGUUACAAAAGCUUUGAGUCUUACUCCAAGUUUAUUUCACUCUAUUAAACAUAAAGCUGGAGCUUUGAUAGUAGUUUUACCAGAAAAACUUAAUGACUUGACAUUAGAGGAAAAACAGCAUAUUAUGAGUCUGGAAGAAUCUAUGCUGUUUGGGCCAGAAACAACAAUUCCAGUGUAUUUUACUUCAUGGCAUCCUGAUUUGCAAACUAUAUUAGAUGACCUCUCCAAUGGUUUUGUUACUGAUGAGAAAGCUGGAUCUGCAGCUGAAGCAAUGUUUAAUUCUAUAUCUGCUAGUGGUUACCAAGUAGUUGUAGCAACUGGACAGGCACUAGCUAAGACAGAUGUAAAAAUAGCUACUUUACAUGGGAAGCUAACUGGUACUGGAGCUGAGGAGAAGUUACCAACUAUAGCCUUGGUAACGCAUUAUGAUAGUGCUGGUGUUGCACCUGAAUUGUCUUUCGGAGCGGACAGUAAUGCAUCAGGAGUGGCAAUAUUAUUGGAAAUAGCACGAUUAUUUUCUACUUUGUAUUCCACUAGUAGAUCAAGACCACAAUAUAAUCUUGUCUUUAUUGUAACUGGUGCUGGCAAACUUAAUUACCAGGGCAGUAAAAAGUGGCUGGAGGAUCAAUUAGAUGGACUUGAAGGCUCGAUAAUACAAGAUGCUGCAUAUGUUAUUUGUCUAGACACAAUAUCUACUAGCGAUAAUCUUUAUGUGCAUGUCUCCAAACCACCUAAAGAAAAUUCUACAGGUGGUCUUUUUUACAAAAAACUUAAAGCUGUGUCUGAGUCAUUGAAUAUGACUACUGUUGAAGGCGUGCACAAAAAAAUCAAUCUAGCUGAUGAAACAUUGGCUUGGGAACACGAAAGAUAUAGUAUUCGUAGAUUUCCAGCUACGACUUUGUCAACUUUGAAAAGCCAUGAAGAUCCAAUUAGAACAACGAUCUUAGAUGUAAUAGAGACAAGACAAAUAGAUAGAUUAUACAAACAUACACAAACAGUCGCAGAAGCAUUAGCUAGACAUAUAUACAAUUUGAGCUCUAGUCAAGUUUUCAUGGAUCCUCUGGGAGUCUCUAAGGAAUCAUUAUCCUUAUGGUUCAGUUACUUAGCGUCACAACCAAGGGCUGCUACAUUACUGGCAGAUAAAAAUAAUAUGUUAGUUGGUACAUUAAAAGAAGCAAUGGCUAGAUAUUUGGGAGAUGUUAAAGUUACCUUGCAUAGUCCUGACAAGCAAGACCCAGAAUUUGUAUUUUAUGAUAUUACAAAAGCAAUAUUGAAUGUGUACAGCGUAAAACCAGCUGUAUUCGAUCUCUUUCUUACAAUUGCCAUCAUUAUAUAUUUGGGACUUAUUUAUGUAAUCGUGCACAAUUUUCCUCGUGCAUAUACUUUAGCAACUCGUUUUUCUGUAAAGAACAAAUCAUCGUGAAAUUGUAUUCAACUAUCGUUUCUUUGUUGCAUUGUAAAAAUUCGCUACAUGUUUUUUAAUGAAUUUAAUAUAUAAUGUUAUAGGUGUUAAAGGUGAAGCAAAACUAUGUACAUUAAUUUUUGCUGGUAUUAAUCUUGAAUUAAAAAUCGUCUACAUAUUGUAUCUUAGAUAAUCUGUAAAUGUUACAUAGCUUAACUUCAACUCGAAUUUUCGUCCACGCAUCUUCUCUAUUAAAUAAAGAUAAUGCAAAUAGCAGAGUUAUUUAGGAGAGAACAUUACUUCUCGUUCUAUGAUAAAUUAUUAUGUAAGAGUACGUGAUAAUUAAGACCAAGUAAUAACAGACCAAAUAGUGAGACUUCAAAAUGCAAUUUAUGAAUAAAAAGACUGGCAAAUUUUAGCAAAUACAGAAUUUAGUAAUAAAAGUAAUUCCAAAUCGUAUAUAGAACACUAGAGAAUAUUAGUUUUAUUUAAAUGCAAAUCUAAUAUUUUGUUUAAUAGUUAUUAUCGUGUCCGCGAUACAUAGUACAUAAUAUUCCUAUUAUAAUGUAAUAAUCUUGAGUAUACAUAUAUCACGUGAAUUAAGGUAAUUCCAUAGCACAGGUAGUGUUAUAUAACAAAGCAAAUGUUUUUUAAAAUUUUCUUGUUAAAAUAUACAGAAAACUAUUUGCCAAAUAUUAGUACUAUAAAAACAUCCAUUAGAAGCAAGAAAACUUAGAGAAUAAACUAUUUGAAUGAUAAAGAAUAGUAGAUAUUUAUUAAUGAUUAUUUAAGUGCAAUUAUAUGGACGAAAUGUAAAAAGCUUGUAAAAUAAACGUGAUGGAAAAUAA